AUGUCCGACGACGCGGUGCCUCACGACAUGCUGCCGUCGAAUUACAGAAGCAAUCCUCUGCUGGUUUAUCUCUUUGACCAAUGCUAUGCCUUCUGGAAGAGCCACCCCGAAAUCGAGCGCGGACCACUCCACGGCCAUCGCGUCGCCGCUGCCUACGACGCCGUCAAGGCCUUUGCGACGGAAGACGGGAGUGACAAUGAUUCGGAUUGGCUCGACCGCAUCUGCGAGAUGGCGGACGUGCUGGGGGUUGAAAUGACGCUGUACGAAUUGGCACGCCCCGGCACUUCGUUGGACGAACGCGGCAGCUAUCGGGUUUUUCGUAAGCUGUUCAAACGAGCGAAUAAGGCGCCGCGUGUCGAUAGGGGGAGAGCUCUGUUGAAUGCCUUGGGCCAAGGCCCGACCCCGUACGUCGUGGAGGAGACCAGUUGGCCAGUAGGUCUGCCCAAGGGUCCAGUCAGAUGGUGGCUGCUUCUCGACAGCGGCGCCUCCUUAAGUUUCGAAAGCCUUCGUGACCGCGACCCUCAAAGCUUGGCCGUCCCUUCGAACGACUCUCGGAAACCCGCGCCCCUGCCCCGUAGAUCGCCGCCGUUCUUGGGUGCAUCUCCCCCCUCCCCCCGUAGCCGAAAGGCUCCCCGCCGUGGACUGUACGUCGACUUAUUGUACAGCAAGCCUCCGAGAUCGCAUCAGCGUGGGAAGGGUGGCAAACAAGGAGACGCAAUUCACGUGAAAAUGGGAGAGGGAGAUGGUAAAGGGGAUGGUACGAACGAGGAAGAGCGCAUGGAUGUAGACGAAGACGACGAUCGACGUCGGGAAGGAGACGAUCACGACGGCGUGGAAAAUGGAGCGGGAAUCGCAAAUCAAAGCGGGAAGGGGAAGGGAAGACGAGAGGUUGACGUGAACGUUGAGGCGGAGGACGCAGGGAAGGGGAGAAGUGGUGGAGGAAGUGGCGGAAGGGCGAAGGCAGCAGUAGAAGCGGAGAGGGGGGGCGGGAGGCGGGAAGGGGCGGAGAAAAAUGCGCUCGCGAAGGAGAAGCCGAGGGCCGAGGAUGACGCGGGAGAGACAGCGCCGGCGACAAGGUCGAGGAAAAGGAAGACCGAGGUCACCGGUAAUGGAGCAGGUCUCAGCGCAAGCGGCGGGGCGGGAAAGAGACGGCGCAGCGAAACCCCUGAUAACGCCCCGCGGGGUGAGGCGGGUGGCGCCGGAGGCGGCGACGAGCGACUGCGCGAUAGCCACGAUACCGCAAUCGAGAACGUUACUGAAACGGCCAAUCGCGAGGUCAAGCCGCGCAGGACCGUGGGCACCAAAGCGAGCUCGAUCCCUGCAGACAUAGUCACCCGGUGGAAUGCGCUCAAACGCAAGGGUCGGUACAACUUCGAUAACCGCGGCAUACCCGCGCGCAUACCUUUAGACGGUCUACUCUCGAUCGAAGAUAUCGUGGCGCGACAUACAAACGAACACGGCGACAUUACGUCCUUCACUAGUCUCUCCGAGCUUGCGCUUACACUGGAGUGGUAUGGAGUUGAACGUGACGGCUUAUUCCAGAUCCAAUGUGAGCCGUGCGAGCGCGACAAGCUGUUAUGCAUCUAUAGGAAUCGGAAGGCCUGCGCCGCUUGCGCUAAUCACCACGGGACUUGCUCUGGCGGUACACGACCUGGGAACUCCUCCGAGGGAAGAGGAAAUAAGGCGCGCGACGCACGUUUCGAGCCAAAGGGUAUCUUGCGGUUCUACUUGAUAUGUCGGCUUAUACUUUUCUUCGGUGGAGUUUGGCCCGCGGAACUCAACGAGAUUGGAGAGUGCAUCAAACAAGAGGACAACGGCGCUCCUGCAGCCGCAGCCGAUGCCCGGAGCACGCGCAGGGGUCGAAAGGCAGAACUAGGCAAGCUUGAGAACGUAUCGUUUCCUGUCGGGGCGAAUACGGGCGAGCCGGAACGCACCUCGUCUGCUCCUCGACUCAGCCAACCGGGUGACGACGCUCCCGUACCAUCGCAUGCGAAGAUCAAACCGAGCGCCACGAACCGGGUUGCGAGCUCCCCGCCGCCGACUCCUUCGAACUCCGGUCACGACCAAGAUGGCUUGGCGACGUUGCUCGCAAAUAAUCAGGUGAACGCUACGGCGGUGGCCAGCGCUCCUGUAGGGGCCUCCUCGACAUUUUUGCCGGCUCCUGUCAACCCUGGCUCCCUGCCCACGUACACGUUCCGAUCUGUGCGCGGACCUGCGCGCGCAUCGUCUUUGAUCGCCGACCCAGAGAACGUGCAUGGCAUUGAGCCCAUGGAUACCUCCGGCCACGACGAGGUCGAUGGUCGCGAACCUUCUGUCCAGUCUAAUCCUGACCUGGCACGUGGCGGGCGUCACGUAGCGUCAAUGGAACCCCCGAGCCCACAACCGCUACGGACAGGUCGCGAUGCUCCUCGCCUAGUCAAGUUCCCGUUGCCGCUCCCGCAGAAGGCUGAGGACGACCGCUCGAGUUCUGCUCCAGUGAUAUGGAAGCAGCUUCAAGACUUGCGUCGCGAAGACCAAAAACGGUUGGCCGCCAUCGAGCGUCAUCUCGCACAAAAUCAAGAACAGUGCCAGGAGCGUGCAUCGACGGCCUCGCAAAACUUGAGCGCUCUUCACGUGGGUGUCAUCGGUGUCAAUAACGGCUUGGAGGGUCUACGCGAGUACGCGCGCUCAACGACCGGCAACGUGACACGAAUCGAAGAAGCCGUGAAGGUUGCCCUUCAGGAGAACAAGGCACACAACGUUCGGCAGGACGCGUUCAUCACACACCUGCGAGUCUUCACCGACGGAUUCUCUGACGUCAUGACUUCUGGAACCCUUUCCGUCGACGAGCAGCCGACUGUGCUCGAGGGAGACUCCUCGACUCCCCGCUCUGGCAAUGCUCGAGGAGCGGAUGCCAUGCUUGAUACCUAUCUGCGGACGGCUGUCGAACGCAGUCGCAAGGAACAUCAAACGCUACAUGACGACAGUCUAAAGAGUUUCAAGAAGGAAGUGCAAGCUGAAGUAGUCUCGCUGAAACGUACGGGGGAAGACGUAGUGGCGAAGAUUCGCGCAGACACCAAAGCCUCGCAGGCUGAGAUGGAAUCCCGUCUAGAAGCCAAGGUAGAGGCGCUGGUGCAGGCCAAAUUUGCUGCUCUCAACUUAGCCGGUCCCGCGACAACUACGCAUCUUCCCCUACAGCCCCCUACAGGUGAAGCCGCUACUAGCAGCAAGAAGACGGCGGUCCCGCAAGCGCCGGCAUCUGUCUCGGUGCCGGGAGCAGCUUCCCGUGUCUCCGCUCAUCCGAACGCGCCAGACGGUGCAGAAGUGCCGUCGGGAACUGCGCCUGGCAUCGGAGAACGUUCCAGGGCGGACGGCGACGACGUAGACGUGCAAGUCACACCCAGCGACGGUCGGCUUCCCGACAUGACGAGGAAGCGGCGAGGCUCCGAGAUGGAGUUUGUCCCGGGAGUAUCAUCCGAGGGGCAACCCCACAAACGCCGUCGAACGUCAUCGCCGACCGGGCGCAGGGAGUGA